GCCCUGGGGUGCCCAGGAGGUGGGACCGGAGGCAGGCCCUGUACUGGGCACCCUCUGGCCGUGACCUCCCUCAUCCUCAGAGCCGCCCCGAGGGCCCGUGUCAAGGAGGGAAACUGAGGCUCCAGAUGUUUACCGUGGGCCCCAGGUCCCACAGGUGUCAGACCCGGAUCAGGGCUGGGCUCAGGCCUCCCUUCCCUGCUGCAGAGCCCAGGGCCCCUCUACCAGUGCUGGUUUUGACCUAGGUCUCUGCACCUACCCAGUGGGGCACAAGAGUUCUGUGUGCCGCCAGCUAGGAAAAGCCCAGCCCAGCUCUGCUCUCAGCCACCCACAGGCAGGUGCCAGGCAGCUGCAGAUUCCCUGCUGAGCAUCCAUGGCCUGGUACAGGAGCCAGGCUGCCUCUGCUGGGUGUGGCAUCGGCCCCUGCAGGCCCCAGUUGUGGUCCAGCUUCCUCCCAGGUGCCGGUUAGCAAGGGACAGGUGCUGAGUCCCAGGCUGCGGCCUCCAGGCUUGGAUCUCGACUCUCGAUGUGCACCUGUGUUGGCGGCAUUGUGGGCGGCUGGAGCCGUGUCUCCGGGACACACCCGUGUCCUCAGCAGGUCCCAGCAGUUUCUCUGCAGUGAGGUUUAGAGCCUCUGGCUCCAGCACUGCUGAUUGCUGUCGUCUGCCCGCUGUGCCGUAAGGGUGCGUUGGAGGGAAAGCUGCAGAAGGGGCUCCCUUCAUCCCAAGUGUUUCCUGGGAUCAGGCCGGGCUCCGGGGUCCAGCACCGGACCGUGGAUCGUAUCCCCUCGCCGUGACCCUGAGCUCUGUCCUGGAACGAGGACAGCCCUGUGACUUGGACACUUUCCGAAGAGCUGGCCAGCUGUCUCUAGAAUAUGCACAAUCUGUUCAGGCUUGUGGGACACAUGAAUGACGGAGGUCACAGAGUGUGGUCUCUCUCGGGGCACCGUGUCUUGCCAGGAGUCUGUGACGCCACUUUCUCCCGCCGUUUGUGACAUUAACUCUGAUCUGCCAGGUUCCUCUUUUUUGCAGUAACUGUGGUUAAUGAGUAACCUGUCAGGGGGUAGCGGUGCCUGUCCGUAAGCCCAACUGCUCCAGAGGCUGAGGCAGGAAGACCACAAGUUCAAGGCCAGCCAAUACAUGUGAAAGCCUGUCUGAAAAUAAAAAAUGAAAGCAGGGCCAGGGAUUUAGCUCAGUGGUUCCGGCGCCUGCCGCGCAAGCGCAAGGUCCCGAGUUCCAUCCCUGGUACCAAAAAAAAAAAAAAAUGAAAGGCAGGCCUGGGGCUGCAGCUCACUGGUAGAGCAUUUGCCUAGCGUGUGUGAGGCCCCAGGUUCGAUCUCCAGUGCCACCCCUCCGGUACCAAAUUUGUGGCGUAAGACAAGGGGUGAUCAAGAAUACAGUGAAUGGCUUUAAAAAAUGUUUUAGCAGUAAAAGACAUGUCGCCAUGAAUCCCUUCUCCCAAAUACUCUGCCUUGCUGUGGGCACUUGUUCUAUCAUUCUUGCCACUUCCUGUAGCGGCUCUGGAGUCCUCUUUCCUGAGUGUCUUCAGUUUUGCUGGCUGCCUCUGUGUCCUGAAUCAGUUCAAAACUUCUCCUUUCCGUGGUCAUUUUGACUUUAGGGAGGAACCGGAAGUCACAUGGUUUCGGAUCUGGUGAAUGAGGUGGAUGAGGAGGCAACAUCCUGUUUUUAUGGCCUCUUUCCAUUGGGUGGGGCUCAGCAGCAGCUCUCAACAUAGCUCUGAUCGUGCCUUGUAAAGACACUCGUGAAAGGGCUGCAGAGCUGCUGCAGAAGGUGAUGGGGACAAUAGGAUGGGUGUCAGGCAUGGGGCAGUUUUACGACAAAGACUCUUGGCACUGUGCCUUUUACUGUAAAACAUUUUUACUCAAACGCACACUGUAUUUUUGGACGCUGUGUAUAGUCGGGCCUCUGUCUGUGGGUUCCGCAUCUGUGGAUUCAAUCAACCACAGACCAAGAGUAUUUCUACAGAAUUGUGUCUGUAUUGAAUGUCUGCAGACCUUUUCCCCGUUGUCAUUCCCUGAACAAGGCAGCAUAGCAGCUAUGGACGCAGCGUUCCCGUGGCACUGGGUACUGAGAGUGGUCCAGAGGCCUGUGAAGAACACGGGAGGGCGUGCCAGGUUCCAUGUCAACACCACGCUGUCGCACAUGAGAGCAGAGCAUCUGGGCCCUGCAGAUACCAGUGCGACUGCCCUUGGAGAUCGGUGGCCAUCUCGGCUCCCUCGGGGCUCACGAGUUCUUCCUCUCUGCGCUCCUGGACUUCGCCCGCACAUUUCUUCCCCCAAGGCGGUUACUCCUGCCUGCCCUUCUCGGGGACUUGCUGCUGCUCCGUCUCCAGGAGGAGCUCCUUCUCCCGCUUGCCUCCUCCCUUCUCCCCUGAGUGGCUCAUUUCUCCGAGCAGGAAUCUUGCGCAUUGUCUGGACAGGGCUUUCCUCCAGGUGUGGGGGCCCGUGCUGCUCUCUGAAGGCAUCACCCUGGGGUCCUCUGGCUUCCACCGUGUCCUUACCGGCCCUUUGGAGAGACGCACCCCGACCACGGGCCCUGCCCACUAACCCAGCCUGUCCCCUCCCCACUGUAGCAUCUGCGCCGCGUCCUCAUUCUGUGUGCACGGUGCCAGGCCUGCCGUGGCCCGAGUCCCUCUCCCCUUCCUGGCUGUCCAUCUGGUCACUGUCUGUCACCUGCCUCCAUCACACCUGUCGGUUCUUGGCUUCCGUCUUGGCCUCUUCAGUGCCAGAGUUUCCCUGGGGUCUCGCUGGUCGGUUGUGAUGUUGUCCGCCUCUUCACUGUUUACACCCCGAUGGUGGCUCGGGGCCGGUUCCUGCCGUCUUCCUCUUUCUCGGCAGUGUCGCAUGGUCCUGGGGAGCACUGGGCCUCGUGUGAGGCUGGGGGUUCUGGGCCACGAAGGUCCGGGCCCCAGCAGGGUCGAUUCCUUCCUGGCUGUCAGUCAUCUUAACCGGCCGGCAAGGCUGGUGUGUUUCUGGGCUCCGUGUGCGCUCCACCCACUGGGCCCUGAGCCCUCCCUUCGCCUGUGCACACCCUGCUGUCCCCCGAUGGCCACCGACGCUGGAGUCCUCUCACCAUCUC